GACGGAUGGACUGCCCUGAUGGGUGCCGUACUCAACCGUAGUACGGCAAUGGCCGAGCUCUUGCUUGCGGCGGGUGCACAACACAGCGUGCUGGUUCCGCCGGGCGAGUUGCUGUCCAUGGAGAGCACCCCCCUCAUGGCGGCAUGUGGUGAGGGCUCCCUGGAGCUGGUCAGUCUGCUGCUGGAGGCGGGGACGGACCCCAACCUGACCAACACGGACUGGCCCAGCAUGCGAUACCACCAGAAGGGUCGCCACGACAUCCUGGAGCUGCUGGCGGCGGCGGGUAUUGUCGUACCGCCGCCGCCGCCGUUGGAUGCACGCAGCAGCCGCGGCUGCCGCAGCUGUUCCACCUCCGGCCUCAACCUGAUGCUCAGCUCGUCAUCCCUGUUCGCCCC